UUAGAGAUUGAGAAGAAUUGGGAGAGAGAAUUAAACAAAGAAGAUGGCAGAGCUGAUCACAUACCCACCAAGAAAUAGCUUUUCUUCCAAUGAAAUUCAUGACAUUGAAACAGUUCAGAACACCAUAGCCAUGGAUUCUGAUAACCAUUCUUAUCAUCUUCCCAAGAGAUUUACUCUAACUUUCCCUCCUUUCCUUCUCAGAAAGAUUGUAUCAGAGAUGAUAGCCACAUUUCUGCUUGUAUUUGUGACUUGUGGUGCGGCUGCAUUGAGUGGGAGCGACGGCGCUAGAGUGUCGCAGUUGGGCGCCUCCAUGGCCGGCGGGCUGAUUGUGACGGUGAUGAUAUAUUCUGUGGGGCAUAUUUCUGGAGCUCACAUGAAUCCGGCGGUCACGCUGGCCUUUGCGGUCUCGAAGCAUGGCCAGUUUCCUUGGAUUCAGGUCCCCUUCUACUGGCUAGCACAAAUAAGCGGUGCGACAGUAUCCUCGUUCGUCCUCAAGGCUAUGCUGAAUCCUAUAACAAAUCUUGGGACUACAACACCUUCAGGCACAUCGCUGCAAGCACUCAUCAUGGAGGUUGUAGUCACCUUCUGCAUGAUGUUUGUGGCUUCUGCAGUUGCCACUGACACUAGAGCAGUAGGAGAGUUAGCAGGUUUAGCAGUUGGCUCCUCUGUCUGCAUCACCUCUAUUUUGGCAGGGCCAGUAUCAGGAGGAUCAAUGAACCCUGCAAGGACUCUAGGACCAGCACUUGCUAGCAAGCGGUUCAACUCACUCUGGGUCUACUUUUUGGGACCAGUUAUUGGCACAUUAUCUGGAGCAUUUUCUUAUAACUUUAUAAGACUUGACAAAUCGCUCAUAUCGGAGUCACAGAGGAUGUCAUCUUUCCAGCUUCGUCGAUUGAAAAAUAAAGAAGUGGCAAACCUUAAUGCUUCAGAUAUUUCUUAGUUUGAUGAGCUACAUAGGCUUUUUAUAUAAGUUGAACUGUUCUAAGA